AUGGAAGAGGUGAUAAGAGUUGCCGCCGAGGCCGAGCGUCGAGAGGCGGCGGAAAGAAGGAUGAAAGCGAGGGUAGAGUGUGACCCCUGUGAUGAUUAUGACUCUGAGGAGGGAUACCGUGACAAAAUCCCAUCGGACGAUUCCGAUGCCGACUCGGAACGUGAUGACGAAGAGGUUCCGGACCGUCCUCGCUUGACAGGCAUCCCUGAGAUUAUUAAGAUGCCGGAGCACUCCGAAUCUAAACUGCUGCGCAUAACAAAUGGCAGAACGUGGAUGACUCCCGAAAUUCUUACAGCGCUGACCAAGAGAGUUGGCUUUUCGGGUUGUAUUGAGUUCCGGAUUCCGAAGGAGCACGAGAGGCCUUAUGAUGCUCCGCCGGGAUGGAUUUGCGUUUACGAAUGCUUUUUUACCGAGUACGGAAUGAAAUUUCCGUUGCCUUUCCUGCUGUUGAAAUUCGCCUCUGAACGAGGCGUCGCCGUUAGUCAACUGACUCACGGCGUCUUCCGUCACAUGGUCUUCACGGAUGCUUUAGCGAAGGCCGCGAAUAUCACGUUCGACCGCUAUCUUUUUGAAAACGUCACGGAUCUUCGCGCCGGGUCCAAAUGGGAGGGGAACUUCAAACGUUUCCACACCGCGAUGCGUCAUGGAAUCGUCUUCGGCAAUUAUCGGGAUAGGAUUCCCGACUGGAAGCGCUAUUUCUUCUUUGUGAAAAUUAGCAAGGCGUCGGUUGGGAAUUUCAAAUCCGAGCAGAUCAAAACCGAUUGGGUUUCUUCGCCGGAUCCACUAAGACGAGCCAGGCCGAGCACCGCCCUUAAAAAUAAAUUCAAUGCUUUGAGGGACCUUAGUCAUCGGAUCUGGCCCGAGGUCGUGGAGAAGCUUGAGAGAGAGAAGAGAGAGAGGAAGGAGAGGAAAGAAGGGAGAAGCAAGCCUGCUGUCCCCGCUACUCCAAUAUCUACGAGGUCGCCUCGAGUCAAGAAGAAACCGAUGGGUCUUAGAAAGAGGACCGCCGUGCCGAUUGACGAUGUUGUCGUUGCUUCCGAGCCGGCGUGUAAGAAGAAGAGGGGCUUCGGCGAGGAGGACAUCAUCUUCGGCUCCGGAAAAGGUUCCAGAGGGGUGGUCGAGCUCGAGUCCUCUCCUUCAGAUCAUAACGGCAGUGUACCUCGUCAGGACGAGAGUGCUUCUCGUCACGAUGAUGUUCUGAAGACUCCAACGUGCGGUACUUCACCUGUUUUGGGAGGAAGAGUUCCUUACUUCUCGCGACGACGGUCCUUCAUUUAUCCGGGGCAGUGA